GAGGAACUGCCGGGGGAACCCCAACUGCCUGGUGGGCAUCGGGGAGCACGCGUGGCUGGGCGAGAUCGAUGAGAACAGCUUCCACAACAUCGACGACCCCAACUGCGAGCGCCGCAAGAAGAAUGCCUUCGUGGGCCUGACCAACCUGGGUGCCACGUGCUACGUCAACACCUUCCUGCAGAUGUGGUUCCUGAACCUGGAGCUGCGGCAGGCGCUCUACCUGUGCCCCAGCGCCUGCGGGGACGGCGUGCCCAAGGACACGGACUAUGAGCCCCAGACCAUCUGUGAGCACCUGCAGUACCUGUUUGCUCUGCUGCAGAACAGCAAGCGGCGCUACAUCGACCCCUCAGCCUUUGUCAAGGCGCUGGGGCUGGACACGGGGCAGCAGCAGGAUGCCCAGGAGUUUUCCAAGCUGUUCAUGUCCCUGCUGGAAGAUACUUUGUCCAAACAGAAAAACCCAGAUGUCCGGAACAUUGUGCAAAAGCAGUUCUGUGGAGAGUAUGCCUAUGUCACAGUCUGCAACCAGUGUGGCAGAGAAUCUAAACUGGUGUCUAAAUUUUACGAGUUGGAGUUAAACAUCCAAGGACACAAGCAGUUGACAGACUGUAUAACAGAAUUCCUCAAGGAGGAAAAAUUAGAAGGGGACAAUCGUUAUUUUUGUGAGACUUGUCAGAGCAAGCAGAAUGCCACGAGGAAGAUCCGGCUGCUCAGCCUGCCCUGCACCCUCAACCUGCAGCUCAUGCGCUUUGUGUUUGACAGACAAACUGGCCACAAGAAGAAGCUGAACACCUAUAUUGGCUUCUCAGAGCUGCUGGACAUGGAGCCUUUCAUGGAGCAAAAAAACGGGGUGUACGUGUACGAGCUGAGCGCUGUGCUCAUACACCGUGGAGUAAGCGCCUACUCCGGGCACUACAUCGCCCACGUGAAGGACCCACAGACAGGAGAGUGGUACAAGUUCAACGAUGAAGACAUCGAGAAGAUGGAGGGGAAGAAACUCCAGCUGGGAAUUGAGGAAGAUUUAGCGGAGCCAUCGAAAUCCCAGACCCGCAAGCCCAAGUGUGGCAAGGGCACGCACUGCUCCCGCAACGCCUACAUGCUGGUGUACAGGCUGCAGGCCCGGGAGAAAUCCCUCACUGUGCAGGUGCCAGCUUUUCUGCAGGAGCUGGUCGAGCGGGAUAACUGCAAGUUUGAGGAGUGGUGCAACGAAAUGGCCGAGAUGCGCAAACAGAGCGUGGCCAGAGGCAAGAUCAAGCACGAGGAGGUGAAGGAGCUCUACCAAAGGUUACCCGCCGAAGCUGGUUCACCUUACGACUUCAUCUCUCUGGAAUGGCUGCAGAAGUGGCUGGAUGAGUCCACUCCUCCCAAACCUAUUGAUAACACAGCCUGCCUGUGCUCCCAUGGCAAACUCCAUCCUGAUAAGAUCUCCCUGAUGAAGAGGAUAUCAGAAUACGUGGCCGAUUUCUUCUACCGCCGAUACGGAGGAGGGCCCCGGCUCAACGUCAAAGCACUUUGCAAGGACUGUGUGGUGGAAAGGUGUCGAAUCCUGAGGCUGAAGAACCAGCUGAACGAGGACUACAAAACAGUCACCAACCUGCUGAAGAUGACAGUCAAAGGGACCGAUGGGUUUUGGGUUGGAAAAGCCUCCUUGAGGAGCUGGCGUCAGCUGGCUCUGGAGCAAUUAAAUGAGCAAGAUGAAGAUGCAGAGCACAGUAAUGGGAAAAUGAAUGGAAAUGCACAAAACAAAGAUGAAUCAAAUGAAGAGAAGAGGGAGGAGGAAGAGGAGUUAAAUUUUAAUGAAGACAUCGUUUGCCCACAUGGUGACCUGUGCAUCUCUGAGAAUGAACGGAGGGUGGUUUCCAAGGAAGCCUGGGAGAAACUCAAGCAAUAUUUUCCAAAAGCCCCUGAAUUCCCAAACAACAAAGAGUGCUGUUCCCAGUGCAAGAUUUUGGAGCGUGAAGGGGAGGAAAAUGAAGCUCUGCAUAAGAUGAUGGCCAGUGAGCAGAAGACUUCUCUGCAGAACCUGUUCCAUGAUAAAUGCAGGCCUUGCCUGGGCAGCUGGCCUCAGGAGACGGAUGAGCUGUAUAUUGUUUCGCAGUUCUUUGUAGAAGAAUGGAGGAAAUUUGUCAGGAGGCCGACGCGCUGCAGCCCCGUGUCCUCCAUAGCCAACAGUGUCCUGCUCUGUCCCCACGGGGGGCUCAUGUUCACCUUUGCUUCCAUGACCAAAGAAGACUCCAAACAUAUAGCUCUGAUAUGGCCCAGUGAGUGGGAGAGGAUCCAAAAGCUCUUUGUCGUGGAUCACGUCAUCAAAAUCACCCGGAGCCAGACGGCCGAGGGCGCCCGCUACGCCUCCGAGCCCCAGCUGUGCCCCGAGUGCCGGGAGGGGCUCCUGUGCCAGCAGCAGCGGGACCUGCGCGAGUACACCCAGGCCACCAUCUACAUCCACAAAGUGGUGGACAACAAAAAGGUAAUGAAGGACGCGGCUCCAGAGCUGAACGUGAGCAGCUCGGAAGCUGAAGAGGAAAGGGAGGAAAACAAGCCAGAGGGGGAGCAAGAUCCUGAUUUUAACCAGGCCAAUGGUGGCACGAAGCGCCAGAAGCUGUCCCACCAGAGCUACAUCACCUACCAAAAGCAGGGAAUCAGGAGGAGCACGCGGCACCGCAAGGUGCGGGGCGAGAAAGCGCUGCUGGUGUCAGCCAGCCAGACCCUGAAAGAGCUGAAAAUCCAGAUCAUGCACGCCUUCUCCGUGGCCCCCUUCGACCAGAACCUGUCCCUGGAUGGGAAGAUGCUGAGUGAUGACACGGCCACGCUGGGCAGCCUGGGCGUCAUCCCCGAGUCUGUCAUCCUGCUCAAGGCUGACGAGCCCAUCGCGGAUUACGCGGCCAUGGACGACGUCAUGCACGUUUGUAUGCCUGAAGAGGGAUUUAAAGGGACUGGUUUGCUUGGCCACUGAUGGUUUUCCAAGGAGGAGCCACCAGAAGGGAAGAGGAUUUGUCACAUGGUAGGGCAUUAAAAGAAUAAAACCAGGUGGAUACAGUACUUUUUGACUCUUCCAGAAGGCAAAAAUCCAUCGUGAGACGUUUGCUCCCCCC